GCAAACAUGUAAGGAUUACACGGGUUUGUAUCGCCUCCGAACCCCACCGUAUAUUUGAUUUCCCUUUUCGAGAGCGCCGCUUGUCGCCGUAUCGCCGUCCCGAGACGCCGUAUUUUUCCGGGAGACAGCGACAAGAAAAAUAAUCCGCCUCAUAGAAAAUAUUUUUCGAAUUUUGCUCUUUUUAUUUAAGCCCACAGGAGAUUUUAUGGCUGUCCGUUUCGACUGCGAAAAAAAUGAUUGCGCCCAGACGUGAAACCGACCAUCCGCGGAGAAAGGGAUUUUCUUACGCCUGGUGUAUUAUUUAAUUAUUGAUAUUUAUUUAUUUUUCUCGAGCCAAAAUAAUUUUAGACGUGAUUAUUGAGGAUAAUUAUGUGGGUGUUGGGUGUUGGAUUAUCAUGGGGUGAUCUUCGGCGGCGAAACGUGGCGCUGUUGCCUUUCUUUUGAGAAUCUCUUCUCCAGGCAGCAUUUCACCAGUCUGUCAGUCAAGGGAGAAAAAAACAUUUAAUUUGCUCUUUUGCGCCAUCGCUGGGAAAAGUUGACAUCUAAUACAAGCAAGAAAAUACUCGUUUUGUUUUUCUGCAUCAUCAUCCUCACAAUAUUUGCCGAAAAGGAUGGCUGACAAUCUGCUGGAUGUCGGACCCCCCACUGCAAAGAGACCCAAGCUCAACUCACCUCUCUCUGGAUCCGGAUCAGACGAUCUUGUUUCCCUAUUUGACUUGGAAAACAACCUUCCAGAUGAGCUGAUUCCAAAUGGAGACUUGGGCAUGGGGAUGUCCUCAAAUGGUGGUGGCCCAGGUGGAGGGGGUCCUGGUCUCAACUCCAUCGUCCCUGAUGCGGCUGCAAAACACAAACAGCUGUCUGAACUCCUGCGACCAGGAAGUUCUUCAAUCUUGGGAGGUGGAAUGAACUCAUCCAGCCCCCAGCAGGGAGGCAUGGUGGGGAGUCAGCUAGGCAACGUGCUUGGCAAAAGUCCUCUUGGGCAGGGCUCCCCCAAUCACCAGACUUCACAGGCCCAAAAAGGUGGUGCCACUGGACAGGGCAAUGGAAAUGCAGCCAUUGGCUUCAACCAGGCUAUGUUAAACAGUGGCCAAGGUCAUGGCGUCAUGGGCCAACCUGGACAGGUUAUGAAUGGAGCUCUUGGACCAGCAGGUCGUGGAAGACCAGGGCCUGGAAUGCAGUAUCAGACCCAAGGUAUGCAGGGGUCUCAAGUGGGUGCUGGACCUGGUGUUGGAGGAAGUGUGUUAGCAGAGACUCUCACCCAAGGAGGAUCGCAGUUGGGUGCACACAAUGUGUUGAAUAUACAGCAAGCAGGAACAAUGAACAAGAUGGGAAUGUCAGGUGCUGCAUUUGGCCAGCAGUAUGGCCAGGUUGGAGUGCAGCAGAUGGGGGCAGCAGGGGUCAAUGCUCAACAACUUCAGAACAAGACAGCCCUUUCAAACAACCUGCCUCAAUUUCCUGGUGAGCUAAAGGGAGCUGGGACUGUGCCAAACAUGUCACAGGCCCAGAUGCAGCAGCAGAUAGCAUCAGUAGGGAUGGUCCCUGGGGCAGGAGGUGUGGCAGGUCCUACAGCUGACCCAGAGAAGCGCAAACUUAUUCAGCAGCAGCUGGUCCUGCUGCUACAUGCACACAAGUGCCAGCGGCGGGAGCAGGCCAACGGGGAGGUGAGGGCCUGCACUUUACCCCACUGUCGCACCAUGAAGAACGUCCUGAACCACAUGACCCACUGCCAGGCUGGCAAGGCCUGCCAGGUGGCUCACUGUGCAUCAUCCAGACAGAUCAUCUCCCACUGGAAGAACUGUACACGACAUGACUGUCCUGUCUGUCUGCCUCUGAAAAAUGCAAGUGAUAAAAGGAACCAACAGAUCAUGCUAAGUUCCCCCGGGGCUAGCUUGCAGAACACCAUCAACCCAGUCGGACCUGGCCAGCCGAGCACCACAGCCAUCAACAGUGCAGCCACUCACAUCGAUCCCAGCUCUAUGCAGAGAGCCUACGAUGCUCUGGGCCUGCCGUAUGGCAACCAGCCUCCUGCUCAGGUCCAGGGACAGGGUCAAGUCCAGACUCAGCAAAAUCCGCAGGCGACACAGCACCAGCAACUGCGAAAUAUGAACACACUAGGCACCAAUCAAAUAAACCAGAUGGCAGGAAGCAUCGGUGUCCCCUCCACAGACCAGACUGGCUUGCACUCUGACUCUUCUCUGCCCCCUUCGCUCAGCAAUCAGCUGUUGCCAGAUGGGUCAGUUGCAGGGGGCAUGGGAAACCUGCCCGCUACCACCCCUCUCUCUGCUACAGGGGUAAGAAAGGCCUGGCAAGAGAACGUCACUCAGGACCUGCGCACCAACCUGGUGCACAAACUAGUACAAGCCAUAUUCCCCACCCCAGACCCUGCAGCACUGAAGGACCGACGGAUGGAGAACUUGGUGGCAUAUGCACGCAAGGUAGAGGGUGACAUGUAUGAGACGGCCAACAGUAGGGAUGAGUAUUACCACCUCCUAGCAGACAAAAUCUACAAGAUCCAGAAGGAGCUUGAGGAAAAGAGGCGUUCACGGCUUCAAAAACAGCCUGGCAUGGUGGGCACAGCUGGGCCUCAGCAGCCUGGUAUGGCUCAGCCCAACGCUAUGGGCUCAGGACCCGCUGUCCGACCAAAUGGACCUGUGCCUAUGCCCAACAUGCCAAAUCAGAAUAUGAGCCGUAUGCAGGGGCCUCAAGGAAUGAACCAGUUUAACCCGAUGGCUAUGCAGAACGCACUGAUGUCUCAGGCACCCAUGGGAGCACGUGCUCCCUCCCCCAUGAACCAUCCACAGCAGAUGAAUAUGGGCUCCAUUCCCUCGAUGGGCAUGUCUCCAUCCAGGAUGCCUCAGACACAAGGAAUGAUGGGCAGCCAUGCGAAUAACAUGGUUCCUCAGCCCAACAACCAGAGCCAGUUUCUGCCACAGGGCCAGUUCCCAGCUGCUACAGGAGGAGCAAUGAAUGUGAACGUAGGCCUGGGCCAGCCUUUAACACAGGCCGCUAUCACACAGCAGCAGCCGCAGCAGAACUCUAACCUCCCCCUGAAUGCACUGGGCUCCCUCGGCCCCCAACUGUCCUGUGGCCCUGCAGCUCAGUCCACUCUCGGUGCAACUCCUCCACCCAGCGCCCCCGCCAGCAUGCAGCCGCAGCAGCAGCAGCAACACCAUGCUCCCCCCCAGGCCAAAGUGCCAACACGGCCUUCUACCCCUGCCUCUAUUGGUGGGCCCUCCUCCACCCCCACCCACAUACCCAGCAACCUCCCUGGUGCCUCCACGGCUAUGGAGACGCCUGCUAACAUAUCCCAACCACUCACGCCCCUCCAAUCCCAACCCGAACCCCCCAGCCAGAUGCAGCAGCCCAGCUCAGUUAAGGCGCAGCAGCCCACCUCAGUUAAGGCGCAGCAGCCCACCUCAGUUAAGGCACAGCAUCCCAGUACACCGUUGUCUCAGGCAGCAGCCAGUGAAGACAACAGAGCGCCGACUCCUAGUUCUGUUGCUGAGCAGAGCUCCCAGCAGGCUCUUCCUGAUAUGUGCAGCACUGACUCCCAGCCUGAAGUAAAAGCUGAAGAAGAUGAGGUCACCGCUGAGAAGAAGGACGAUUGUGUAAAAACUGAGGAUGAUGAUAUCAAGCCCCCGUUGGUGAAAAAGGAGGAACCUGAGGAAGUGGAGCCCAAACAGGAACCAAUGGAAACGGAGGAGAAAAAGCCAGAGAUUAAGACAGAACCCAAAGAAGAAGAGGAAAGUGGGGCUAACAACUCAGCAAACUCCUCCACCACUCAAAACCGCAAAAAAAUUUUCAAGCCAGAGGAACUGAGGCAGGCACUAAUGCCAACACUUGAGGCCCUCUACAGGCAAGACCCGGAGUCACUGCCCUUCAGACAACCUGUUGACCCCAUGCUACUGGGCAUCCCUGACUACUUUGACAUUGUGAAGAAUCCAAUUGACUUGUCCACGAUAAAGCGUAAGCUGGAUACUGGUCAAUACCAGGAGCCCUGGCAGUAUGUGGACGACGUGUGGCUCAUGUUCAACAACGCCUGGCUGUAUAACAGAAAAACGUCCCGUGUCUACAAGUACUGCACUAAACUGGCCGAAGUAUUUGAAGCAGAGAUCGAUCCUGUCAUGCAGAGUCUGGGCUACUGCUGCGGACGCAAGUACGAGUUCUCGCCACAGACGUUGUGCUGCUAUGGCAAACAGUUAUGUACCAUCUCCAGGGAUGGUACUUACUACAGCUACCAGAACAGGUAUCACUUCUGUGAGAAGUGCUUCAAUGAGAUCCAGGGCAACAGUGUGACCCUGGGAGAUGACCCAGCACAGCCACAGACCAUGAUACAGAAAGAUCAGUUUGAAAAGAAGAAAAAUGAUAUGUUGGACCUUGAGCCGUUUGUUGAAUGUAAAGACUGUGGACGAAAGAUGCAUCAAAUCUGUGUGCUGCACUACGAUGUAAUUUGGCCGUCUGGUUUUAUCUGUGAGAACUGUCUGAAGAAAUCUGGAAAAACGAGAAAAGAAAACAAGUUUUCUGCCAAACGGUUGCAGUCUACAAGGCUGGGGACAUACAUCGAGGACAGAGUGAACAAGUACUUGAAAAGACAGAACCACCCAGAGGCUGGUGAAGUGUUUGUGCGAGUGGUGGCCAGUUCUGACAAAACUGUGGAGGUUAAGCCUGGGAUGAAGUCAAGGUUUGUAGACUCAGGUGACAUGCUGGAGAGCUUCCCUUAUAGAACCAAAGCACUUUUUGCAUUUGAGGAAAUCGACGGUGUGGACGUUUGUUUCUUUGGCAUGCACGUUCAAGAGUACGGCUCCGAGUGCUCUUUUCCUAAUACCAGACGGGUUUACAUAUCAUACCUUGACAGUAUUCACUUCUUCAGACCACGUUUGCUAAGGACUGCAGUCUACCAUGAGAUCUUAAUAGGUUACCUGGAGUAUGUGAAGAAAUUAGGGUACGUGACGGGUCAUAUCUGGGCUUGUCCUCCCAGUGAGGGAGACGACUACAUUUUUCACUGCCACCCUCCUGACCAGAAGAUCCCAAAGCCCAAAAGGCUUCAGGAGUGGUACAGAAAAAUGCUGGAAAAGGCUUUUGCUGAGAGGAUCAUUCACGACUACAAGGACAUUUUCAAACAGGCCACAGAGGACAGGCUGACCAGCGCCAAUGAGUUGCCAUACUUUGAGGGUGACUUUUGGCCCAAUGUGCUGGAAGAGAGCAUCAAGGAGUUGGAGCAAGAGGAAGAGGAGAGAAAGAAAGAGGAGAAUACAGCCUCAUGUGAGACAACAGAGGGAGCUCAGGCUGACAGCAAGAACGCAAAAAAGAAGAAUAACAAGAAGACCAACAAAAACAAAAGCAGUAUCAGUCGAGCCAAUAAGAAAAAACCUGGAAUGCCCAAUGUAGCCAACGAUCUGUCCCAAAAACUCUACGCUACAAUGGAGAAACAUAAGGAGGUGUUUUUUGUAAUCCACCUCCAUGCUGGGCCGGUCAUCAACACUCUUCCACCCAUCAUGGAUCCUGAUCCUAUGUUGACUUGUGACCUCAUGGAUGGACGUGAUGCCUUCUUGACAUUGGCCAGGGACAAACACUGGGAGUUCAGUUCACUGAGAAGAUGCAAAUGGAGCACAAUGUGUAUGUUGGUGGAGCUGCACAACCAGGGCCAGGACAGAUUUGUGUACACUUGUAAUGAAUGCAAACAUCAUGUGGAGACACGUUGGCACUGCACUGUUUGUGAGGACUACGACCUAUGCAUUAACUGCUACAACAUUAAGGGCCACGACCAUCAGAUGGUUAAGUGGGGCUUGGGUAUCGAUGAUGACAGCAACGGUCAGGGUGGUGAAGCCUCCAAGAGUCCACAGGAGAGUCGACGCCUCAGCAUCCAGCGCUGCAUCCAGUCCUUGGUCCAUGCAUGUCAAUGCCGCAAUGCAAACUGCUCAUUGCCCUCAUGCCAGAAGAUGAAGAGGGUGGUACAACACACCAAGGGCUGCAAGCGCAAGACAAAUGGUGGCUGCCCUGUCUGCAAGCAGCUCAUUGCACUGUGCUGUUAUCACGCCAAGCACUGCCAGGAAAACAAGUGUCCUGUUCCCUUCUGUCUGAACAUCAAGCACAAAAUCCUUCAGCAGCAGAAGCAGCAGAGAGUCCUUCAAGCUCAAAUGAUGCGCCGCAGAAUGGCCACCAUGGCUGGAAGGGGUAUGCCCUUGCCAUCUCCGCCUACCUCAGCAGCCCCUGAUACCCCAAACUCCUUGCAGCAGCCUCAUACACCGCAGACUCCACAGUCCAUACCCAACCAGCCGCAACAACAACAACAGCAGCAACAGCAACCAAACCCUGCCGGUAUGACCCAGGGCUUUCCCAACAACGGCCGCAACAGCCAGCCCACAACACCGGUCCCACAAGGCAAGCCAGGACCCCAGUCAUCGCCUCUUCAUCAGCAGCAGUCACCGCUGCCUAACAUGUCCCUUCAACAGCAGCCGCAGCCUCAGCCAACGCCGCAGCAGCAACAACCACUGCUGGCAGCCCUAAAGGUGGCCAAACAGAUAGAGGUGGCAGCCAAGGCAAGUCGGCAGAAUUAUGGGGUCAUGAAUGGGAUGCCUAUGAACCACCCGCGUAUGAUCGGGCCAAUGCAGGGCCAAAUGUCUGGUCAGAUGCAGAUGAUGCAGAGUCCUCGGGGUCCCCAGGUGACGCAGGCAAUGCAGGGCCAGUGGGGUCCAGGAAUGCAGAAUACCAUGCAGAACCCCCAGGGUCAUCAGCCACAGGUCCAUCCUCAACAAGGCCCUAUCGCUCCUCAGCAGACUCAGGGAACCGCCAUGCCCCAGCAGACCCAGCUCAUGCAGAGGCCCAUGAUGUCCCAGCAACAGGGUCUCCAGAUGCCAGGGGUCAUGCCUCCACAGGGCCCCUCACAGCCAGGCAUGAGUCCACAGCAGCAAAACAUGCCCCGAGGAAUACCUGGCAACAUUGCCCCGAGUGCUCUGCAAGAAUUGCUACGCACGCUCAAGUCUCCCAGUUCUCCGCAGCAGCAACAGCAGGUCCUCAACAUCCUUAAGUCUAACCCUCAUCUCAUGGCAGCCUUCAUCAAACAAAGGACAGCACAGUGGCAGGGCAACCAGCCAGUGCAGCAGCAAAACCCACAAUGCAUGCUGGGAGCCCAGGAAGGAAUGCCAGCCAUGGCCAACCAAGUACAGAGGCCGGUGAUGGCACCUCAGCGGCUACAGCCUCAAGUAGGACCCCAGAGCAUGGCACCCAUGGGCCCACAAGGCCAAAUGAUGAACGCUGCUCAAAAUGGCAAUCCACAGCUGUACCGCCGACAGCAGCUGCUCAGGAUGCAGCAGCAGGGCGGCAUGGCCCAGGGUCACGGCCAGUUCCCCCAACAACAGCAAGGCCCGGCUAGCUUUUCCCAGCUACGAAUGCAGCAGCAAAUGGCUAUGCAAGGAGGUGGGGGGCCCAUCGGCCAGCAUCCUCCAACAUCCCAAAUGGGUCAGGCUGGCAUGGGCAUGGAUGGAGCUCAGAGCCUGCUUCAGCAGCGCAUGCUUCAGCAGCAGCAACAGCAAAUGCUUAAACAGCAGAUGGGCUCUCCAGCGCAAGCAAACUCGAUGAGCCCGCAACCACACAUGCUCCAAGGUCAAGCCCAGGCAGGCACUCACCUACCAGGGCAGACAAUGGCCAACACGCUAGGAAACCAAGUUCGCUCCCCAGCCCCAGUGCAGUCGCCCCGUCCACCCUCGCAACAGCCCCCGCAUUCCAGUCCCUCCCCACGGAUACAGCCUCAGCCCUCGCCUCAGCACAGCACCCUCCACUCCAGUUCUCCUCACCCCAGCCUGGGAGGACCUAUGUCAGGCCCCAUGGAUCAAGGACACAUGGGAACACCAGACCAGAGUGCAAUGCUGCCGCAGCUUAACACACCAAAUCGAGGAGGGUUGAGUAAUGACAUGGGUAUGGUGGGUGACACGACGGGAGACACGCUGGAGAAAUUUGUUGAAGGAUUGUAGCAUUUUAUGACAUAAGAAGGGCCUUUGUCUGUUUUCAGCUGAGAAUAUUUUUACUUGCUGAUGUACAAAUCUAAAUGAAUUACAAACUGAUGAGUCCUGCGGCCUACAGACUGUGAACUUUCCUAAAACCGAGGGACUGCUUUUUUUUCUUCUAACCUAAAGUGAGUUAGUAAUUGCUGUUUAAAAGAAGACGAGGAGAUACAAAGAAUAUAUUUUUGGUUCAGACCAGCCAUGCAAGACUUCACCCUGGUCUUUGUGUUGUUUUAAUUUGUUUUUCAUUUAUUAUUCUCUGGUAUUGACUUUUAUAACAAAACUUCUCAAAACAAAAAUAUUUCAAUUUAUUAUUACUUUUUUACUUUGUACCUUUGGAAAUUAAUAUCGUAUUUGUGUUGAGAAGACUGUAAAAUUAUUUGUCUUGGGGAAUUUUUGCCAGGUUUCACCUCUUGUUCAGUUUCUCUUUUCUUGGCUAAUUUAUUCUAAUAUGCCAUUUUUCAAAAAGGACUGCCCUUGGGAAAGCUUUAAUUCCUUUCCUGUUUGCAGAGUCUAUGGGAGAUUAAUGUAUUUGUAUAGAUUUAGGAGUUAUUGCACACACCCAAACACAACAUGCAGGUGUUGAGAGACACUUGCACUGAAGCUUGUAAAGGAUCACAGGUGCCCGAAUGUUCUUUUUCACUGGGCCUGGGCCCAGUAUUUGUCUUGCAGAUGUUUAAAAAAAUUGCUUUGUCUCUCCUUCAGUAUAAAGAACUUCUCAUUAAGUACUGAAACUCUUUUGCCUGUGGUGGGAAUUUUACUUGUUUGACUGCUGGUUUGUAUUAAGAGAGAGUUUUGUGCAUCAUUGUCUCUCUUGCAUUAAACUUGAAUUGAUGAUGAACUGUUCUCUAAUGUAAAUCACGCAGCUAGACAGUACUGUAAAUAUGCAGGAAAAAGAAUGAAAUCACUGUACAAACUGGUUCAAAUGGCUCAUUUCGUACUUAACAUACCACAUUGUUAAAUAAACCUGUGUGCCACAGA